AGCUGUUCAUCGAGCGCUUCUGCAUGACUGGAGGAAACAGUCCCAUCGGCUACCUGAAGGCCUACCACACUAACCUGUAUCUGUCUGCUGAUCCAGAUAAAGUUCACGAGGCUCUAGAGGCAGGUAUAGCAGCAGCCACCAUGUUUACUCCAGACAAGAUGACCGAAGUGUCCGAGACGCAGCUCCGUGUCGCCUUCGAUGGCGACGCCGUCCUUUUCUCGGAUGAGUCUGAGCAGAUUUACAAGGCCCACGGACUGGACAAGUUCUUCGAGCACGAGAAAGCGCACGAGAACAGGCCUCUGGACCAUGGACCACUGAAGGGCUUCCUGGAGGUUCUAGGGAAGCUCCAGAAGAAGUUCUACGCCAAAGGCCGUCGCAUGGACUGUCCCAUCCGCACCUAUCUGGUGACCGCUCGCAGUGCAGCCAGCUCCGGCACCAGAGCCCUGAAAACCCUGCGCUCGUGGGGCCUCGAGAUCGACGAGGCUCUGUUCUUAGCGGGAGCCCCGAAAGGCCCAAUGCUGGAGAAGAUCAGGCCGCACAUCUUCUUUGACGACCAGAUGUUUCACGUGGAGGGAGCGGCGGAAAUGGGGACGGUGGCGUGUCACGUGCCCUACGGGAUCGCACAGAGAGUCGCGAGGAAAGGAGGGAAGGACAAAGAGACUUCUCCUGUAGUGAAGUAGCAAAGAGACCAAACCAACAGGGAUCCCUUCAUAUUACAUUGUCAUUGACAUGAAUGAAGCCAUAUUAUAUUUUAUCAUUAAAUUAACCAAAAAAACUUUAUGUGCAAUCGACUAUUAUAGAUGUUUAAUAAUCAGAAAAUCAAUAGAUUUGCUUUUUAAAAAUCUAACAUGUUUGUCUAGUUAUUGCUCAUCUUGAUAGUGCAAUUUAAAUUAUGCAAAGUCUGUAAAUCAGUCACUGAGAUUCACUUUAAAAUAUAUUAAAAAAAACCUUACUAAAUUCCAAACAUGACUAUGUUGGCAUUUUCGACUUAGUAUAACCCGUAAAUUAACACGUGGGUAUUUUAACACAUCAAUUAGAAAAUGUUCUUUAUGCAACAAGAACAUACUGACAUUAUUUCUGUGUUCACACUGAACCCUUAAAAUGUUUUGAUGCCCCUUUUCCAAAGCAAAGCGCCUUAUUAUGGAUUAGUGCAAUUUUACUGUACAGAGUCAAAGCAGUGCCUUUUUCCUCCUGUUCUGUUAUGCAUGUUACUUUGUUUACCUCCUUCAUGUUCAGGAUUAAUGUUUGUGAAUGUAUUUUGAAACAAGAAAACACUGGAAGAAAUUUAUGGAGAGAAAAUAGAUUAAUCCCAUAACUCUGGAAAAAUUUUGUGCGAGUAAUUCUUGAUUUGUAAUUCAUAGGAUACAUUUUUUGCAAAAGUGCAAAAAUUAUGAAUUCAUGAAUAUAUAAAAUACAAUUUACACCUGCAAAAAUUAAAAUUACAACAGCUUGAAACUAACAAAACAUACAAGUCUUUCAAAAUGAUGCAAAAAUCACUUGUUAUGCACACACAAAACCAUAUUUAUGCACAAAUCUGAUGUGAGACUCCUUUCAUGUCUCCAAGAUUUAUUUGUCAGUGAUGCGUUUAAAUGCUGCUAGAAUGCUGGGUCAUCAGAGUUGUGCGUAAGUUUGCGUGUGCGUAACAAGCAAUUUGUGCGUAAUUUUUAAAGAUUUGUGCGUAAAGCUAAUUUCAAGUUGUUGUAAUUUUGAUUUGUGCAUGUGUAAAUUGUAUUUUAUAUUUUUUUUGGAAUUUCAAUAUUUUUAUACUUAUGUACAAAAUGUAUUGUAUGAGUUACAAAUCAGGGUGAGUCUAUUUUCUCUCCAUAGAAUUUGUUUACAGACUCAAGAUUUGAAGUUCUGCUCUCACUGUUGAUCGGUUCUGUUUGCUGUUGGUUCCUAAAGGAUCAUAUCUUAUAAACUGCAGCCUGGCAGCCUCUUAUGUUCUUUUGGUGUUAAUUCUGAUGUUAUAACACUUGUUCUUGAAGUUGGUGUUGAAGAAGUCAAGAGUUUAUUGUGUCCUCGUUGUUGGUGAUUGUACACAUUUGAAAGCCUUUUUUUUAUUUAUGUAAUUGAUCUCAUCACUGUAGUAAACUAAAUUAAAAAAAGAAAGUAAAAAUUAUGUAUUUUCACUGAUAAAUCUGUAAAAACAAAUAAACAUAAAUGCACAAAAUAAACAAAUACUUCCUUCAAUGGACAGCAGAGGGCGACAAACGCUAACAUUAUGAUCUUCUGAUGUUCAAAUUUCAAGCUUCUGAUCACGCAAACAUUCUUGAGAUUAAAGAAUUAG